UAACUUAUUAAAACACUAAUUUAAUUGAAAUUAUCAUCACUUUCUCAUGACAAUUAACAUCCUUUUAAGUAUCAGUAACCUUUAAAUUGCCUCAAUUCUUUUUUAAAUUUGGUUAUUGGUCAUUUAUGUUUAUUUUUGCUCUUCAAUGAGUAACUUAAUUUGCUGAAUUCAAUUUAGUGAAUUUAAUUUGAUUUUUCUUUAAUUAGAAUUUAAAUUGUUGAAUUUACUUAAGUCCGUUGAUUUGGUUACAAAAAAAUAACCAGUUUUAGGCUGAAAAGGUUCCAUUAAAUAAUGAUAAGAACAGAAUUGAUAUUGGAACAAAUCAAUCAUGUUUUUCGUUUCCUGGAAGAAAUUAACUUUCCUUUUCUUCAUUGCCAAUCUGAUUCUAAUCUUCCAAAUGUAUCUGUUCAUAAGUAAUGAAUGUGAACCAGCCUUUCCAAUUCAUCUAACCACAGCCAAUAGACAAAGUAUCUCACCUUCAACUUUACAUUACCAUUUAACUUUGGUAAUAUUUGAAUUUGAAACAUUUUCCCAUGAUUUAAAUUCAACCCUAUCAACAUUUUGUGCUCUUCACUCAAUGGUCAAAGUUUUAAUUGUCAGUAAUGAACGACCUUAUCCACCCUUACAAUUACCUGCAAUUGAAACAUGUAACAUUCAUCUAAUUAUAACUCGACCUGAUGUGAUUAGUAAAUGGCAAGAAAAUGAUCCAUUAACACAUAUUAAAACUGAUUAUGUUUUAAUUGUUCCACAAUCACUUAAAUUUCACAAAGAAAUGCCUCUAGAUCAUCUUAAAUUUACUUCGCUCAAUGAUAAUAAUUUCAUGGUUCUUCCAGUUAUCGGUGAGGAUUCUUACUAUGCAUACACUUGCCUUGGAUUGGACAUUGAUUUAAGAAGAUGGAAUCUGAUUUAUCGUCAUCUAGAUGAGAAUACAUUUAAAUGUAAUCUAUAUCAAGGAGAAUUUGCCUAUUUCAUCAAACGGGAAGUUCUAAGUAAACUCAAUUUACCCUUUGAAAAGCCAUUCCAAGAAUCGCUGUCUAUCCAGGCCAAAAUUCGAGGUUUAAAGAUUAAAUUUGAAGAUGAUCUUAAAUUAUGGAAAAACAGUGAUUGGCAACCAAGUGAACGGGAUGAGAUGAAAAUGGAAUCAUUGAGAAAAGUUCGACUUGCCUCAUUGUACAAGAAGUUACAGAUUAAAAGAGUGACCACAUCAAGCGGAGAAAUCGAAUGGUAUGGAUGUAAUAAAGGAUCUACAAGGUGUUUCCCAAGUAUAUUCAAUAAUACACCAAGUUAUCUGUUCGAUAAUAAAUGGACUCCACCUUGUUGCCUGGAAAAUUUGAGGAAAACUGCUCGUCGAGUUUUCUCCGUUCUGGAAAAAUGUGGAACUCGCUAUUGGCUAGAAGGUGGAUCUUUACUUGGUGCAGUCCGAAACGGCGACAUAAUCCCGUGGGACUUUGAUGUAGAUCUAGGAAUCUAUCAGGAGGAUAUUAACAAUUGCCCGUUGCUACUUUAUGCCACCAAACAGCCUGUUAAAGAUGAUGAAGGUUUCAUUUGGGAGAAAGCGAUUGAAGGUGAAUUCCUCCGGGUUCAGUUCAGUGAAAUGAAUAGAGUUCAUGUUGAUCUGUUUCCAUUUUAUCCUAAAAACGGUAUGAUGACCAAACGAACUUGGUUUCAUGAUCAUCCUCAGGAUAAAGAGUUUCCUGAGGCUUUUUUGAAACCAUUGAUUAAAAUUCCGUUCGUUGGUUGGCAAGCUUAUGCUCCAGCAAAUGUAACUCAAUUCUUGGAAUACAAAUUUGGAUCAAAUGUCAUUGAUAAUCCUCAAUAUCCAAAUCCAGGAUUACUCACCUUUCCAAGAGAUUAAAGGACAAAUUCAAAUGUGAUAUUCAAAUUUUCAAUUGGAAACCAUUUAACUAUUUAGACCAUUUUAAUAACAAUUUACCCUUUUCGAAUCAAAUUGGAACCAUGGCCAUAUCGAUAAUGAUAAAAUCUAAUCAAUUUAGUCGUUUACUUAAUUCUCUAGCAAUUGUUUCAAUCAUUUAAUCAAACAACUUUAAUUACUCAUUAUCGUUCCCCUUCAACUUUAAACACUUAAUUGUUUACCACAAUUAAUUGAAUAUCAAUGUGAGAACAUCAAAUUGAUAUAUUCAUACUUAUAUCUAACCUUUUAAUUGUCACAUUACAUUCCAAAUGACAAUUAAUCACAUUUUUAUAACUAGUCAACAAUUAACAGAAAACAAAUUGUCAUAAAUCACAAAUUGUAUUUUCCAAGACAACAGUUAAUCAACUCGAUCUCUUUAAACUUUCAUUGACCCAAUUGCAAUGAUUUUAUUUAUAAAUUAAAGAAUAACUAAUAAAUUAAACUAAUACUAUUCUUAAAUUUUCUAAAUUACAAUGAUUUAUUAUUGAUUGAAUUUUAAUUUUGUGGAAAUUUAUUAUGUCUCAUCCAUGUUACAGGAGUUGUAAAACAACUGAGUGCGCUCUUGUCACACCCUCUAAGAGGUUAUUCUACUACCUCAUUUGUACAAUUAAUUAUGAUUUCUUUACAGGCUUCAAUUAUUUUACAUAUUCUAUCAAAUUGGUGACCGUAUCAAGGUUUUCGUCUUUCUCUGUUACAUUGAAGUUGUUCUGUAUCCUUAUAUCAAGUAUUCCAUUAAUAUUCUCAGUCCGAUUGCAUUCAAUCAGGAAGUGAUUCCAAUCCGGUGUUUUUUUUCAGCAUUGUUUUAUUUGAGGUCGGUUGGUUACAUUUAGAUUAUCUGAAGCCGAUUGGAUUCCUGAACCUGUGAGAUAUAAAUUAGCUUUAUUA